AUGCGAUUGGGUUUAGUGGCCGUUGUGUGUGCUCGUAGUUCUACGUCAACUGGACAGCUUAGCUAUGAGCUGUUCCAUAACCGGGCCGACUCUGCUAGACUUUAUCAGGUACUGGCUUUAGAAGUAUCUCUUUACUGGUUGGAAGAUGAAAUCAUGCGUGCCGGCGCGCCUUAUGGAGUGGUGAACUUUGGUCAGGCAACUAUGAAUAUGAUGCGGUUGGAGCACGGUUACAAGAUCUGGGGACGCGAACUCACGCUUGACACAAAUCCGUUUGAGUGUGGAUUGGGUGCUUUGGUCGACUUCACUAAGGAAGACUUCAUUGGGAAAAAGGCUGCUCUGGAAUUGAGUAAGCAAACGUUCGAUCGUAGACUGGCAUUGCUCACAUUUGAUCCUGCCGAUAAUCCUCAUGUGCCUCUUGAAUGGAAGAAUCUUCCAUUCGGAAUGGAAGUAGUUCGUCGAGAAGGCCACGAAGAGCGCAUUGGUCAAAUUACCUCUGGCUCGUACAGUGUUCGCCUACAACGACCGAUCGCUUUCGCGUGGAUUAAUAACGAUGUGCAACCGAAUGAAAAGGUUGUUAUCAGUGGAUAUUGGGUCAGACCACAUGUUGAUUGCUACAAUCCUCGAGAAUAUUCCUCACGAUCCUAUUCAGUAAAUUUUGCCUUUAGUAUAUUUAUGGCACGCAGAACUCGCGGUAACGACGUUGAUCCUUUUCUACGAAGUAAAAUCCAAUAUGAGUACAACCUCGAUCUUUUUGAGCAAAAAUACAGGAAACUCCAGGAGCGGGAACUUCAGUCAGGAGUCGAGAUCGAUUUAAUUACUGACGAUAUAUAUGUUCCAAAUAAUUUUUCGGAGCGAGCCCUACAAGCAAAAUGCAAUCAGUUGGAGAGAUCAGGCAAGGAAUUCGGGUUCGGGAAGCUCUCUACUACAUGUAAUAGCUUCGAAGUGUUCGGCAAAGGCCACACGAAACGCGCGAAGGAAUGCCAACAGCUCCACGCCGAUUUCAAAGCAAAGUUCGAAAGGCGAUACCCUAAAUGGCAACCCUAUAAUCCUCAAAGUCGUCCAAAAGUAAAAAGAACAAUCAGGGAAACAGUAAAGGUAAAGGAGUUGGUCUUUGAAGAACCCCUGGAUUAUCUCUAUUAUAUCAUGAAAAUCAAAGGGUUCCCUCUUCAUGUAUUCGACCAGCAAGGUGCUGUAUCUCUUCCAAUGGUGGUUGGAGACUGUUCAAAAUCGCGAGAGUGUUCACCAGUGCAUCAUAAUCUGCCAGUUGCAGGAGCUCAUGACUUACCGAAGCUCAUGGAGUUGGUCUUUGAAGAACCCCUGGAUUAUCUCUAUUAUAUCAUGAAAAUCAAAGGGUUCCCUCUUCAUGUAUUCGACCAGCAAGGUGCUGUAUCUCUUCCAAUGGUGGUUGGAGACUGUUCAAAAUCGCGAGAGUGUUCACCAGUGCAUCAUAAUCUGCCAGUUGCAGGAGCUCAUGACUUACCGAAGCUCAUGGUAUCCGAUAAGGACUGUUCAAGAUCAAGGGAGUGUUCGCCAGUACGGACUGUUACGACUGCUAAGGAAGCUUGUACCCUGGCGAAAUUUGCGAUAACAGAUAGGGACUGCUCGAGGUCGAGAGAGUGCUCUCCCGAGUGCUACCGCAAAGGCACCGUCGAAGCGAGUCCUGAAAAUGUUCCAUCUUGCAGUGACGAUCGUGGUCGAGAUACAGACAUACGCUAUUGUGUGGAUGUGAACAAUAAAAUUGUCCAGAAGGAUACCUCAAAACCUAAAGUCGGCCCCGACUCGACUUCUGGCACAACACUUCAGAUGGCCGACGAGGGUUCUUCGUUAGCUUCUACUGAUUCUUCAAAAGCCACUUCAGUGCCACCAGCACCAAUCCAGUUCGAUAGCUCAAGUCAAGCUGCUGCUCCUCAUCGUAUUACAAGGAGUGCUGUUCGGCAGGCCAGUAAUACAAAAGGUGCAGUUGAUCAUCAAACUCCUGCUACAUCUGGUACUAAGGAAGGCAGUUUUCGUCAACAGAAGUAUGCCGCCCAAAGUAACAAUUGUAUAGCGGCAAAACCAAGUGCGUUACAUGAAGUUACCCCUACUUCAUCGAAGACACCACGAAGGGUUGCAACCCAAAAGAAAAGCAGUACUGGAAAGCGGAAAAAGACAGCGUCAACGCCGCGGACUCCUACGAAUCUAGUGUAUAGCACUGAUGGAGGAAAAGUUGCUCGAUCUGAAACGAAUCCAGCCAAACAAGUGUCGCCAUCUUUGAAAACAAGUAGGGUUGCAGUCACUCAUGCAACCCGUGAGGCGUCCGCUCAGAAGAGUGUGAAGAAGGCGAUGAUGGCAAAACCAAGUACUUUGCAUAAUGUUACUCCUCCCUCAUCGAAAACAUCUCGCAGAACAUCUCACAAGGAGAGCACCACUGGAAAGCGCAAAAGGGCAGCGUCAACGCCGGUCACUCCUGAAAAUUUAGCCUCUAGCACACCUAGCACUGAUGGAAAAAGAGCUCGUCGAUCUGAAACGGAAAAUGCUGGAAAGAAGUUUUCAUCACAGAAAACAAGUAAUGCUGGAGUCACCCGCGAGGCGCCAGCUCAAAAGACUGUACAGAAUCUUAUGAUGGCAAAACCAACUACUUCACAUAAAUUUACUCCUACCUCAUCGAGAACGCCUCGUAGUGGUGCAUCUCAGAAGCAAAAGCGAACUGAUGGAGAAAGAGUUCGGCGAUCUGAGACGGAUGUUGUUGGAAAAAAGUCUUCAUCUCCAAAAACAAGUAAUACUGGAGUUACACAUGCAACUUGUGAGGCGCCCGCUCAGAAGACUGGAAAGAAAGCUCAGCGACCAGAAGGAUCAAGAAAGAAGUCAAGUAGAAGUCACCUUGCCUCUCCAUCAUUGAAUAAUUCAUUAUCACCACAAAUGGUGACGCCGGUUGUCAACCAUCGCCCUACCUCGGUUUCGCCUGAGAUCACAAUUGGGAGAAGUUCUCUUCGAUCCCGAAUUCGAGCUGUUUCGAAAGCUCCACUAUCGUCAGCCAAGGCGUCAAGUGCGAAAUCCAGUCGGGUUGCUAGUACAUGUGAGGCAGACAGAACGAAAACGACUCGGUCUGUGAAGGGCAUCGAGAGGAAGAUGUCAUCAAGGUCAGCGCCUACUCCUGUGGCUCGUGCUGUUGCUGGAUCUUCCAAGGGCAGUCGUCGUCCAAGAACUAAAUCUUCGAAGAAUGCCCCGUCAAAAAUAUCGACACAGCUGGUCGUGCUCGCUCGCAAAGACGGUUCAUCUCCUUCACCGACGACAUCGACUGGGAUCCAAGACAGAAGCUAUCUAAGUACAAUGGCAACCGCAUCGUCGACGACAAGAAGAGCAAGGUCGAAUGAAAGCGAUAUCUCUGACGAAAAAUCGUUCUCUGCCGAGGCACCAAGCGGUCUGUGGGAUGAGAGUGUCCAGACGGUUUUCGACUCAUAUGAAGAAAGUUUUCCUGUGAGCAGCAAGAAAAUGACGAUACUUGGAUUUGAUGCCCAGGAGUUCAGAAAGCAUUGUGGUGACUCUUCCCAAACGACGCUAUCCAGUUUCGUUAGCUGCGCUCGGAAAUAUCGAGAAAUUUCAGGCGAAAGCUAUUUGGACAAUGGUUUGAAAGAAGAUCGACGGGCAAUGGCUUCUGCGAAAUCGCGAAAUCGUGCUCUCAAGAAUGGCUACUUCGCAUGA